AUGCCUGCUUCCCCGCCUCGCGUGAUCGUGACCCGACUCCUGCCGGCGACGGCGACACAUCUUCUCAUCUGUGCUUCGCGACAGCGCCUCCUCGAACUGGUGCAAUGGCAGCACGACGAGACCUGUCCUCGAGCAUGGCUCAAGGAUGAAAUCGUCAAAGAGCACACCGUCGGUCUGGUCGCUACCUUGGGAGACAAGGUGAGUAGCCUCCUAAUCCUCGCGAGCAACUCGAUCAGGCCCGAGCCAGUCAAGUGGGGCCCAGCACCUUGCCCAAAACCAGAAUGGAGGGCCUCGUUCAAUCCAAUUUGUUGCGAAUCUUGUCCCCCGAGACGGAUGAUCUCUAGGAUGUUUUGGGUAGGAAAGGCGUGUGUGCUGAUCUCAAUGUUCUUAUACCUGGCCUGAAUAGAUUGAUGAGGACCUGCUCGCCGUCGGUGCGUCCGCUUUGAUGGCCUCCAACUUGGUGAAGCUCGCGCAGCGUUUUCCAGCUUCUGACCAGUCGACUGCUCGCCUUUAUUGUCACUACAGUCUCGAAGGAUCUGAAGGUGGUAUCGACGAUGUCAGCUGGAUACGACCAUGUGCAAGUCUCGGCUCUUCGGUCGCGGAGCAUCAAGCUGGGCACCAGUCAGUCCUGACGAAUUGUCACCCUUCAUCUCAAACCGCGUUCUGCACUCACCCGUAACUGGACCUGUCGUAGCACCGGACGCUUUGACCGACGCAACGGCUGAUAUCGGUGCCAUGUUGACAUUGAUGGCAACCCGACGAGCCGGCGAGGUCCGAGAUAUUUCCCGGCCCGGCCCCGCGCGGUGGAUCGCUUGCUGACGGCUAGCCUGGUUCUACCGCGGUUCUACCGCUAGUGUAGGCUUACCGAAACGUGAUUGAAGGGAAAUGGCCCACGAUGCCGUGGUCCCCCUUCCUCCUGUGUGGGAGUGGUCUUCAAGGGGUGGGUCUUAGAUGUCUCUCAGCCGCCAAACUCGGUGUAGAGCUUUGGGCUGACUUUUCUCCCUUCUUUCGCGUUGUCGUUGGCCCGUUCAUCGCAAAUACCCCGAAUCAGAAAACAAUCGGCAUCCUAGGGUUCGGUAGGAUUGGCCAAUUGACGCUCAAGCGUCUACUCGGAUUCUCUCCAGCAAAGGCACUGUACGCGACCUCCCGGCCCGGCUCACCGCCCAAUCAAGACUAUUACUCGCUCUUACCUCCGAACCCAAACAGCGCCGCGAUCGAACCAGCUGUCAAUAUAUUGCUGUUUCAUCCCACUGGUAUUCCCGAUUAUGAUUAGUUACUAGUUGUUGAUAUUAGUCGCCCCGCGCGUCUCGAGCCUGCCUCGCGCGCGCUCCCUUAGCGCUUAUCUUCUUUCUCCAACUAUCUUUACUAUCUUCAUCGGCUCUCGUACUUACGCACUUCGUGCCUCGGCCUCAGGUUAGUUACUGUGCAAUUCUCGAACUAUCUUUACUAUCUUCAUCGGCUCUCGUACUUACGCACUUCGUGCCUCGGCCUCAGUUCCUGAAACCAGCGACCUCGAUCAGAGACCUCGCCGAGCGCUCAAACAUCUUGAUCGUGACCUGCGCGUUGACCGAACAGACCAAGGGACUCGUCAGCACCGAGUUUUUGGGAUGGAUGAAGAAAGGUAGCUUCGUGAUCAACACCGCGCGAGGGCCCAUCGUCGAUAACGUUGACUCUCUGAACGGGUUAUCUGCGCUGCAGUGCAAUCGUCGCCACGGUCCGGCGACCCCGAAGCCGACUCCUGACCCCACUUGCCGAUCACACUGGGAUUCACCAGCCCUGCCAAAGCUUGGCAGAUGA